AAAAUCAACCCUGGGCGUCAGCAUCGCAAUUUGGAAGAAAUUGCGGUAAAAAGUUAUAUUUUGACGCAAGAACGAAGACUGAAUUGAAAUUUAAGGAAAUUGCUGCAAAAUGUAUGUGAAAAAGCUGGUGCUCGACGGGUUCAAAUCCUACGGGCGCCGCACAGAAAUUGAUGGCUUCGAUCCAGAGUUCACGGCCAUCACCGGUUUGAACGGCUCCGGCAAAUCCAACAUUUUGGACAGCAUUUGCUUUGUGCUGGGCAUCAGUAAUCUGCAGAAUGUGCGCGCCUCCGCUCUGCAAGAUCUGGUGUACAAGAACGGACAGGCGGGCAUAACUAAGGCAACGGUGACGAUUGUUUUUGACAACACAAAUGCCCUCCAGUGUCCGCAGGGGUACGAGAAGUGCCGCGAGAUAUCGGUGACCCGCCAGGUUGCAGUUGGAGGCAAGAACAAAUUCCAUAUCAAUGGCAAGCUGGUGCAGAACAAGAAAGUGCAGGACUUCUUCUGCUCCAUCCAGUUGAAUGUGAACAAUCCCAACUUCCUGAUCAUGCAGGGCAAGAUCCAGCAAGUGCUCAACAUGAAGCCCAAGGAGGUGCUGUCUAUGGUGGAGGAGGCCGCUGGCACCAGCCUGUACAAGUCGAAACGCGAUGCCACCAAGAAUCUAAUCGAAAAGAAGGAAACCAAGGUGCGCGAGACCAAGGCUUUGCUGGAGGAGGAGGUGUAUCCAAAGCUGGUCAAGCUGCAAGAGGAACGCGCUGCCCACGAUGAGUACCAGAAACUCACGCGCGAACUGGACUAUCAGACGCGCAUCUUCAUCUCUGCACAAUACCUAAAGCAGUGUGAAUCCCUCAAGACGUUGGAGGCAAGUGAACACAAGAUAGACGCUCGCAUAGCCACUUGCCUGUCGACGCGCGACCAGAACCUGCAGGAAAUGGAGAACAUUGAAAGCUCCGUCAAGGAAAUGCAGGAGAAGAUCGAGGCCGAGAUGGGUGGUUCGAUAAAGGAGCUAGAGGCGCAGCUGAGUGCCAAACGUGCGCAGGAGGCCACAGCCUCGGGCAGUUUGAAGGCGGCCCAGGGUACCAUUGAACAAGACCAGCGGAAGAUUAAGACGGCCGCAAAGAACAUUGCCGAUGACGAGCGUGCCCUCAAGCAAAAGGAGGCCGCCAUGUCGAAGGUGCAGGGCGAAUUUGAAGCUCUGAAAGAGGCAGACUCGACCGAUGCCAAGGCCUAUGAGGCUGCUCAGCGUAAGCUCGAGGCUGUCUCACAGGGCCUGUCCACCAAUGAGGAUGGCGAGGCAAGCACAUUGCAGGAGCAGCUCAUAGUGGCCAAGGAGCAGUUGAGCGAGGCGCAGACCACCAUAAAAACCUCAGAGAUGGAGCUGCGGCACACACGAGGUUUGCUGAAACAAAAACAGGGCGAAACGCAGACCAACGAUGCUGCCUAUGUGAAGGACAAGGCACAGCACGACCAGCUGCUGGUGGAGAUACAGAGCCUGGAGCGACAGCUGCAGGGACUCAACUAUGAGAGCGGGCAGUUUGAGCAGCUGCGUGAGCACAGAAACCAGCUGCUAACCCGCAAGCGAGACCUAAAGCGUGAGCUGGAGCAGCGCAAUGCCUCGCGCUACGAUCUGCAGUACCAGGACCCAGAGCCCAACUUUGAUCGCCGCAAAGUGCGUGGCAUGGUGGGCAAGCUGUUUAAGGUGUCUGAUAUGGCAAACUCAAUGGCCCUGGUGACCGCAGCAGGCGGCAAUUUGUACAGCUUUGUGACGGAUGAUGAUGUGACCAGCAAGAUGAUUCUGCAGCGUGGCAAUUUGCAGCGACGCGUCACCCUGAUGCCCAUCAACAAGAUUUCGCAACAUGCGCUGAGCAGGAACGUGGUGGAGUAUGCCCAGAACAAGGUUGGAGCAGAGAAUGUACAGUGGGCCUUGUCGCUUGUGGAGUACGAGCGCUACUACGAGCCAGUUAUGAAGUUUUGCUUUGGCAGCAUUCUCAUCUGCAAGGAUUUGGAAGUGGCCAAGCAGAUAAGCUACGAUAAGCGCAUUAAUUGCCGUUCGGUGACAUUGGAAGGCGAUCUGGUGGAUCCACAUGGCACUGUGUCGGGCGGUGCUGCGCCCAAGGGAGCAAAUGUCCUGGAGGAAUUGUACUCCAUACGCGAAUUGGAAAACGAAUACAAGCAAAUCGACAUAGAGGUGCAGCGUGUGCAGCAGGAAAUGGCUUCCAUUGAGAACGUGGCCCAUUCGUACAACAAGAUAAAGGAGAACCUUGAUAUGCGCCAGCAUGAGCUUACAAAUUGCAAGAAUCGUCUGGCCCAGACCACAUUUCAGCAGAACCAGGCCGAGAUCGAGGAGAUGAAGGAGAAGGUUCAGACCCUCGAGCAGCAGAAUGCUGAUUCACGCGAGAAGCAGAAGAGUUCGCAGGCCAAGAUCAAGGAUAUCGAAGCAAAGUUAGCCGAUGCCAAGGGCUAUCGCGAGCGUGAGCUCAAGUCGGCCACCAACGAGGUGAAGGAGACCAAGCAGAGGGCGGAAAAGUCGCGUGCCAAUUGGAAGAAGCGGGAGCAGGAGUUCGAGACGCUGCAGCUGGAGAUCACGGAGCUGCAAAAGACCAUAGAAACCUCCAAGCAGGAGCACCAGGCCAUGGUCGAAAAUCUCGAAAAGUUCAUCGCCGAUCUGGCCGCUCUGCAGGCGAAGAGCUCCAGUGCCGAGUCCGAGGUGGCGGCCCUCGAGCAGGGCAUCAAAGCGCAAAAGGACAAGCUGCAUGCCCAGAACAAGGAGAUGCGCAAUUUGAUGGUGAAGCGGGAUAAGAUGGAGAAACAGAACCAGGAACUCGAACUGGAGGUGAAGAAGAAGGAGAAUGACAAGAACAAAGCGGGCUCCCAGACCAAGGAUGCCAAGAGGCGCAUUGAGGAUCUAGAGGUAAAGUAUCCCUGGAUACCAGAGGACAAGGGGGCCUUUGGUGUCAAGAACACCCGCUACGACUACAGCAAGGCGGACCCAGUUGAGGCUGGCAGAAAGCUGGCAAAGAUUAAGGAGAAGACGGACAAAAUGGAGCGUACGCUGAACAUGAAUGCCAUCGCGAUUCUGAAGCGAGAGCAGGAGAACUACGACGAGACACAGCGUCGCCGUAAUAUUGUGGCCAUGGACAAGGAGAAGAUCAAGAAAAUCAUUGUGAAAAUGGACGAAGAGGAGCAGAGUCAGCUGAAUCGCGCUGCCACCGAGGUGAACGAUAACUUCAGUGGCAUUUUCAGCAGCCUGCUGCCCGGCGCGGAAGCGUGUCUCAAACCCGUUCUGACCAACGGCUGCCUGACAGGCCUCGAGAUCAAGGUCGGCUUCAAUGGCACAUGGAAGGAGAGUCUCGGCGAGCUGUCUGGUGGCCAAAAGUCUCUGGUGGCGCUGUCCCUGGUCCUGGCCAUGCUGAAGUUCUCGCCAGCGCCCCUCUAUAUAUUGGACGAGGUGGACGCCGCCCUGGAUAUGUCGCACACCCAGAACAUUGGCAGCAUGCUGAAGACGCACUUUACCAACUCUCAGUUCCUGAUUGUCUCCCUCAAGGAUGGCCUAUUCAAUCAUGCCAAUGUGCUGUUCCGCACGCUAUUCGAGGAGGGUGUCUCCACCAUCUCGCGCCAGGUCAGCAGAUCGGCCGUCGGCAACACUCGUUAAACAUUUGCAUUCUCAUUUCUCAUGCUUGGGAAUAAUUAUAUCUCCGCUGCAUGCCACGAGAUUAAUUGAUUAUUUAUUAAUUCAUGUACAUACCACAUACGUUUUGCACAUAAAUAAACAAUUAUUAGUUGUAAA